CUGUCUCCUGAAAAAUUUAAUUUCAUUGUUUCAUAAAUCAUAAAUGUUUUCAAUAAUUCUAAUCAAAAUGUUUGCCAUUCAUUUUCCAGGCAACAACGCUAGUACUUCUAUUGGCGAGCACAUUGAUCACCCUGGCGAGAUCUCAGGAGGCAGAGAUCUCGGCUAAGGGUUUGGACAUGAUCCAACCACCAUUGAAAUUAGACAAAAAUCUUCGUCAAGCUCUGUUGAAAGCCCUGACCGAUUUAGAAGCUGAAUCAGCGGAACAGCACAAAGAUGAGAGAGAAUCCAUCUCGCAGAGAGACACGUCCAGCUUCGAAGGUGUGGCAAAGAAGAACCUGAACAAAGAUCUGGGAGUACAAAAGUCCACGUACUCUUUCAAGAGUUUCCCAGGGGACGACGAUGUACCAAGUGAGGACAAGCUACAGAAUUCCAGCUUCGACGAGGCUGUUCGUUACGUAACUCUGAAGACACCUGCGAUGAACAUCGAGAAGGCCUCGCAGGACGACGCGAGAAGCUUUCACGUGCAGAAUGUGAUUCUUCCAGAUAAGAGUUCCUCGUCGUUCGGAGCCAAAACCGAGUCCAAAUUGGACCAGCAAGGGACGAAGAGUCCACAGCCUUCUGGCAACGCUUUCUCCGUCAGCAAGGUGGAAAGUUUCACGCUGAAACCAGCUACCGAGAUUUCCGAAAGCCUCGCGGGAAGUGCAACGAACAGUAUCGCUGCUGCGAACGCGCUGAUUGCUCAAAAACCGACCCAGACAACUCCUACCGCUGCAACAAAGAGCAACAACGUAACAGUGAUCAGUUCCAGUGAUAGUAAAGACAAAACAGAAGAAGUAAAGAUCUUCCAAGCGCCUUUAGUGGCCGCGUUUACGGUUCAGCAGGAUGAACAGGGUGUGCCCAAAAGCGUGGUACCCAUUUUCAGAUCAAACAACGACGAACAGGCGUUGACUCUUCAGGAACAGUUGGAGUUUAAGCAGAAACUUUUAGAAAAGCAGUUGCAAGAGCUUCACCACCAACAAAUUCAACAGACGCAGUUCCUGGCGAGGCAACAGCAACUUUAUGAGCAACAGGUUAGACAGAAGCAACAGCAGUACUAUUUCCAGGAGCAAGCUAGAAUCAAGCAGCUGGAGGAACAAGCUAAGUUCAAGAGGCUGGAGGAGCAGAGGAUCAAACAAUUAGAGGAACAACGUUUCAAGUUCGAGGAACAAAGGCUACAUCAAAGGUUCCAACCACAGCGUCCUCAAAAACAAUUCUUCCCAGAACAGAACAAUAAUUUCUUGUCCUUCCAACCGUCUACGGAACCUAACGUUCAUCUGCAGCCUAGCGUCGCCUUGGAAGUUCCUGCUGCUGCUGCGCCUCCUCCUUUCCAGCCAAAUUUCCAGGAUCAAUUUCGUUUGCAACAGUUCCAUCCGCAACAGCAGCAAUUACAGCAACCUCAACAGCAGCAUCAGCAGAGACUUCAACAGAGCUUCAGCUCCUUCUCUUCUGAUUUCCAGCCUCCGCUAUCCUCGACAACCAGAUUCAACAGACAGGAAGCCUUCAAUGCUGUAGGCAACUUCGGUUUCAACGUGGAUAACAAAGUCACGUCCAACAGAAACAAUUUCGGUUUCAAUCCACCUCAAAGGAGUCCGACCAAUUUCUACAAUCCUUUCGCGCAGUACAGACAAAACAAACCUCCCACGCCAGCCAAACAGAUACAGAAUUUAUUGUAUCAAUCGGGUAUCGCCGGUGAUUUGAACAACGUGCCGGGAAUCGGCAACCAAGAGGAUCUGAACAUCGUCUCAAAAGUGUUGGCACUGAACGUGGGCGCCGUGCCAAAUAAGAAUCUCCAGUAUUCGACGAAUCAAGGAGCAGCCACGUUCGGCAGAGCAUCUGCGUGAAGAAAGAAAUGGAAGUUAGACGAAUCAUGUAAAUCAACGCAGGACAAUACGAGUCAGGUGAAAUCGAACUCUCACUUUUUCCCUAUUUCAUCAUCUUCAUAAUCCUUCUCAUUUCAAAUUCCACCUGUCCCUUAAAUAUCCUUUCCAAAAACCAGUGGGAAUUAUAAAAGUCUUCGUCUUCAAUAUUUGCAUCUGUCGAGCCAUUCGAGUCGUGAGUUUGAUAGCUUCGUUAUGAGAUUUUUAACUAUUUGUCAAAUCUACAUUGUCUCGUAAGAUAGCCAGGCUUGAAGAGGAAUUUACGUGUACGUGUUUUGUUUGAAGAAUUCAUCGCGCCUUUUCUAUCAAUUAAUUAUGCUGAUUAUAUCGCAGACGGUUUGCAUGUUUCUUAUUAUGAUACAAGUAGACAAAACACGCGACCGGUUGUAAAUUUCUCGCAAUUAGCGAUUCAUUUAUUAGCAGCAAAGCCGCGAACACGCAAUUGUGAAAGUCUUAGACCGUGGUUUGUUACUGGUAAAUAGAAGAUUCGGUCAAUGGAAUGCAUUUGGUGUAUUGUAGUCAGCGAACACGGUAAUACUGAGCAAUUCCAAGUGAAAUCGAACCGAAACGUUCGCAUAACUAUGAAACGGGCUCCAUCGUGCGUGGGAUCGUAACGGCUCCCGAAGAAAAACAACUUUCCACGUAGUCCUCGUAAUAAGGAAGUCCUUAAAAGAUCAUAACGAUAUUAAUUAAGAUCCAGAACGUAUUUAAAAUAGAAUUCAUCCUGGCAUCCACGAAUUACACAAACCUCUA